ACUAACUUUAUUGUGUUACACAUUUCACAAUAUAUACAUGUAUCAAAUCAUCACAUUUACAGUUUAAACUUAAACAAUGUUAUAUGUCACAUAUCUCAAUAAAGCUGGGAAAUAAAUAUAAAAUUGCUCUCUUGCCCUUUACGCUUGAUCCAAUCCAGUUAUCAAUUUAUUCCUAAAUUUCUCUAUUUCCAUAGUAUCAAAUCAACUCAGUAUAAUUCCUCCUGCCACCGUUUCAGUUUAAACCCUCUACCUCUUGCCUGGACUAAAUUAUAGUAGCCUUCUAGUUGGUCUGAAUCUUUCCUCCUUCUCUCUGUCACCUUUUUCCCCAAACUAACUGAGGAUAACUUCCUACCCAUCCUCCAAGGUCCACUCUGACUCCCAGUAAUAUGGUCUCACCUUCCUGUAGGCACUUCCAGCACUCUGUCUUACUCUUCUUUGAGUUUUGACAUUAAGUAGCUUGAGUGAUGAGACUCUGUUCUUCCAUCUUCUAUUUCCAACGAUGAGCAGUCAGUGCCUUGCAUAUAGUACUGUUCAAUAAGCCUUUAUUAUGAUGGAUUGAUAGCAAGGCUAAAAUGGACUCUCUGCUCCACUUAGAACAAACAUUCCCCAACUGAAUUCCACUAAGACCCUUCAGGCUAGGAAAUAGCAAACCAGCUUUGCAGUGUGCCAUGUCAUGCCCUCAGUUUCCAAUGCCCUGGUACUGCAGAGGAAGAGCAAGAAUAACAUUACUUUUUAACCUGUAAAGGAUAUGGACCUUUCUUGAACAGUUCUGAGAAUCAAAGCAGAAAAUGUGGCAGUGACAUUAGUGAAGCCUUAGAAGUGUGAGAAGCACCUGAGAGCUUGUGAUGAGCAGGUUGUCUGUGACAGACAAACAGACCCAUAAACAGGCAUAGCUACUAAUUAGAAGGAGCAAAGAAGUGUUUGAGACCUUGACCACAUGGAUGAGGUGGGAGAGUCUCCUGAAUGCCUAAUUCAGGAGUCCUCUAAAAAUAGGAGUUCAUUCACUCUGACUCAAAAAGUAGGCGUUUGAUAUGGAUUCUUGUUCACAGCACUUGUCAGAGGAGCAUUCCUUCAGUCAGAAGUCUGAAAUACGUAGCUGUAGUCUUGCUUUAUGCCUUGGGUCAUCUUUGGGAGAGACUUGGGGUCUCGAGUCUCCUACUAUCUCGAAGUAGCUGAGGCCUGGGACCCCUAGACCUAAUUGGCUUUGGGACAGGAAGGGAGACAGAGAUACCAUCUCACAUUUGUAGAGUGCUUUCUAGUCUACACACACUGUUAAGCCCCUUUUCUGAUGUUAUCCUCAUGAUAGCCCUGUGAAGUGUGCUGAGCAGAUCGCCCUCAUUUUAUAGACAGGAAAACCAAAGUCACAGGGCCAGUCAGAAAUAGAACCAAGGUCUUCUGACUCCUUAACAAGUGCUCUGUCCACCCCGCCAUGCUACUGAGUUCCAGAAAAGGGAGAAGCUAUUUAAUAGCGCUUGCCACUUAGGUGAAUGGUUGAAACGAAUUGCCCUAAUGUGGUCAGCCAUUGGCUGAGUCUGGGCCCCUCUGCUUUCUGUCCACAGAGCCAUGGGGGUGUUGAUGUCCAAGCGGCAGACAGUGGAGCAGGUGCAGAAAGUGAGCCUGGCUGUGUCUGCCUUCAAGGAUGGGCUGCGGGACAGGCCUUCCAUCCGACGCACAGGUGAACUUUCAGGGUCUCACCGUGGCACGGUAGAGGGCUCUGUCCAGGAGGUACAGGAAGAGAAAGAAGCAGAGGCAAACACCCCAGCACUCCAAGAAGAGAGCAGUGUCAACCGAGCCGCCUGGGAGAGGCUCCGGGAUGGGCGUGGAGUGGAGCCGGAGGAGUUUGACAGGACCAGUCGUUUCACACCCCCUGCCUUCAUCCGCCCCACCAGGAAGCUGGAUGAUGACAAGCCUCCAGAUAUCCGCUUGGAGCCCAGAGAGCCUGUUGUUAAUGAUGAGAUGUGUGAUGUCUGUGAGGUCUGGACAGCCGAGAGCCUCUUCCCAUGCAGGGUCUGCACCAGGGUCUUCCAUGAUGGCUGCCUGCGCCGCGUGGGCUACAUCCAAGGAGACAGUGCCACGGAGGUGACUGAGGCGGCAAACACGGAAACAGGCUGGAGCUGCCACUACUGUAACAACCUCAACUUGCUGCUGACUGAGGAAGAAAUGUACAGCCUCACAGAGACCUUUCAGCAGUGUAAAGUUAUCCCCGACUGCUCCCUGACGCUGGAUGAUUUCCUGCGCUACCGCCACCAAACAGCGAAGCGAGGGGACAGUGACAGGGCUCUAAGUGAGGAGCAAGAGGAGCAGGCAGCCCGCCAGUUUGCAGCCCUGGACCCUGAACACCGAGGACACAUAGAGUGGCCUGAUUUCUUGUCCCACGAGUCCCUCCUACUUCUACAGCAAUUACGUCCCCAGAACUCUCUGUUAAGGCUUCUGACAGUCAAGGAGCGGGAGCGAGCCCGGGCUGCUUUCCUGGCCCGCGGCAGCGGGAGCACUAUCAGUGAGGCAGAGUGCCGCCGUGCCCAGCACUCUUGGUUCUGCAAACGCCCCCCAGAUGCUUCUUCCUGCAGUGUCAGCGUCAGCCAUGUGGGUCCCAUAGCAGACAGCAGCCCAGCCAGCAGCAGCAGCAAGAGUCAGGACAAGGCCUCACUGCCCACAGAGCCUGAGUCCAGGUGGGUGCUCAUGGCCCAGAGCCCAGAGGCCUGAAUGGAACAGGUAUGAUGGCAAGAGUCACAGCCCUCUGGGUUAAGUGCUUCACCCAAGUCAGCUACCACAGAGACCCAAAGCCUGAGCUCCAAUGAGGACGAGGCCUUGAUGGAAGAGGAGAGAAGAAGGCUCAUGCUUUUCCAUUCUUCCAGCUCAGCUCAACUGCAGACCUAGAAAAGUGUGCCAUGGUAUGGAGUACAGAGCCAGCCUUUUUCAUAGCCCAAGAAAGAGCAACUCCACAGAAACCCUCAAAAGGGAUUCCUUUCAAACCACCUGACAAUGAGGAUAAGACACUGGAGCUAAGAAGAGGAUUUGCAUCUCAACUCUCUUGAACAGAGAAAGUCCCAGCAAAGCCUCACAGAAGGAAGAGGUGUUCCCUUCUCCCUGUUACUGAGAUAUGGCCUGAGUUGCUGCUUUUCCCCAUUGCUCACUACAUGUCCUUCCCCACCAGCUUAGGCCCUGGACCUGGCAUGGGAAGACUUUGGGGGCAAGGAGAGGCUGCCACAAGGCCACCAAGCCUGGCCUCCCAGCCCCAGCUGUCCUUCCUAAGUUCUCAUUAAAUUCCCUAGUCAGUGUAUGUUACAGGGAAGCACACGCCCUGGAGUUCAAGUUUCUGUUUCCAAGCUAAUGGCUUAGAUUAGCCAGUUCUGACGACCAAGAGUUAUUUGAGAGGGGGUUGGCUCAGUCAUGCAGAAGUUAACACAACCCCAUUGCUCAAGGCACUUCUACAGAAGCAGCAGCAUACAGCUCAGUGCUGCUCAGAGGAAGGCAGGGAGCUGUAACCUGGGGCAUGGUAAGAGCACUAUAUGGUCUCCUCCCUUAGAGCCUGACCUAGAAGCCUGGUAAGAGGCUUCAGAGGUUGGAUUAUUUGGGACUGAAAGGAGGCAUACUGAAGAUGAACUGGGUUCAUGUGUAUGGCUCUGAACAUUUCAAAAACCCCAGUUCUUUGUAAAUACUCCAUAGCCAUACUCCCAAGACUAAUCAGUAGGAGGGGCCAUUAUUCAGUCCAGCCAAAAAAAGAAAAAAAAAAACAGAAAGAAAGCACAUGACUUUUGGGCCCAAGGACUGCAUCCGAAGCAGCCAGCCCUGGGAUUUUGCACUGAGAUUAAAGCACAUUAAGCACAAGGGCUUUUGCUUACUCUUGGGCAAAUCACCUUCUAUGUCAAUGGCCUCGGGCUGCUUGAUCUCAUGGACAGGGCAUUUUGAGUAAAAACAAGCUCUGGGCUUUGAGAGCUCGCUCGGUAGUUUUUUCUCCUGCCUCGUCAUCAAUCAAAAGGAUUGGCAGUCCAUCUUCUUGUUCCCUGAUCCUUCACAGACCAAGGCGAUGCCUACCUCUCUGGAGCUGCAGCUUCUAGCUUUCUGUGGGUGAGUGGUAAAGACUGGGGGCCACUGGAUCAGGCCAGCUGUAUCCGAGGGCCUGGCAAAGCAGACCCCAGAGUUCUUCCAAAACAGGAUCUGGCCCAUUUGGGAUCACCCUCUCCCUAUUCCAGGGCGGCAAGCUUUCUUAGUGGGGGUGUGCUGCAAAGGGUCCAUGGGACAUUGCCCUCAGCAAAGGAUAGAGUGCCCAGUCACAAGAAUCCUAGGAAGCAGAAAAGCACAGAGAAGUAACCAGCCUCUUCUCCAUAGGCAUCUAGCUUUUUACCAAAGGAGAGGUUCCAUUGCUCCUUCAGUCAAGAGUUGCAGAAGCUCUACCCCAAGCCCCCUUCUCUGAGAUCUCCCUUUGCAGUGUCCUAAUCCACGGAGCCCCUCUCCGGUACAUAUGGAGAUGUUCAAACUUGUAUAAACCUAGUGAAGCCAAUUUCAUUUCCUUAUCAAGCCCUUUCAUCAUUGUGACUGUCUGAAAUUCUGCCAGGUACAGAAAUUAGCAACUGACUCUAAUAAGAGUAUGAGAAAAUGUUUCAGUCUUUUCUUCUUGGCUGCCCCAAAUUGCAGAGAUCAGUUCUUUUUCCAAGCACCACCCGCCCCACCCCCCAGCCAAGGGAGGCUGAGGUUACACAGAUACUCCUCUGAAGACUACUUGCCCUAAGUCUGUUUUUCACCCAGAAGUCCUCUUUUCCAUGCUUAGAUUUAAAGAC